AACGGACAGACAUUGUAGUUGUUAUUGCACGUAGUGUGACAUGAUUUAAUAUUUGGUGUUUUGACUGACAGACACGAAUGUUUCGCGAGUGUCGAUUGUAAAGUUUUAUUGUACGCGCUAAGUGACGUUUACGAGAGUUUACUCUGACAUCGCUUAAAAACGCGGUUCAAGAUUCAGUUGCAGAGGAAGUUCGAACGUCACGUUGCGAAAGUGAUUUUGUAACUGGCCGCCGUUUAAACAGUUUCAACUCUAAAGUGACACAAUAGAAACGAAGACGGCGGUGAAUCUUUUUGACCAGUUCAGUCUAUUUUGAAAACCUUGAAGCCACGUCGUGAACGUAUUCUACGAAUCGCUUGCAGAUAUCUCGUCGUAAAAUGGCUCCGACUGUUUACCUGUCGGAGUUGCCAGCCGUAAGAAAACCCACGAUCCCGUGUUCGCGACGAAGACAAAGGGUCCACAAUGGGACAGUGGCGAAGCAACAGAGGCUAGAAUUAAGGCGACUGGAAACGAGCGCGUCCUCCCGCGACGGAGCAUCUCUAACGCCACCGGAAAGCCCUCUUUGGGAACCGGAGUAUCCAAAUCACUCCUGCGCCCCGACCAUUGUUAGCUCUUCCUCUCCGAACAUUUCUGCUAGAGUUUCCUCGGAUAUAGAGGAACACUGGAAGGUGUUUCUAGCGAGACGAAAAGGUCUCCUGGAUAUCGUUGUGCGUACGAUGGCUCUGAUCCGACGGAACAACAUACUUCAAGAAAGAGUGAAUGCUUUACGCGCGGAGACUCGGGACUUUAUUCACUCGGUACUGAACAAUCCCGAGAACAAGUGUAUGCAGCAAAGAUUGAACGCGACAGACUGCAAAGAUGCGGAUGUGUCCUCAUCGACGGAGAAAAUUGUCGCGAGACCAUCGACUCCACUCACCCCGGACUCGACAAAUUCCUCGUCGAACGACGUCACGUCGUCGUGCGGUAACAGCGAACAUGAUUCCGAACAGUCCUGCGACGCUGAAUCGUAAUGUUCAGAAGUCCGUGUGCAAAGAGGCAGAGGUAACUGAAAAGCGAAGUCGAACGGAACGAAACGUCGAUGCAGUUCGAGUCGCUUGAUCGUUAUUCAAGAGUCGAAGAAUCAGGCGAUCGCUUCUUGA